UUCUCUGUUACUGCUUCAGAAUCAGUGGUGAUAAUGGGCAAAAGUAGGCGUAAACAGAAGGUUAUACCUCCACCGCAGCUUCCGCCGGAUGUACCCGAAGAGGAUAUUGAGUUUUCCGACGAGGAUUUGAAGUACGUCGAAGAGAACACUGAAUACGCCCGAUUCGUCUCUCGUCUUGACACCGCCGCUAUCGAUAAGCAAUGCGGUGGUAGAGUAAAGACAGUGGAGGAUAAGUAUGAAGAAGAAAGAUCAAAGAAGAAGACACUCCAGGAAGAGAAAGGGAAUGGCGAGAUUCUAGUGGAUCCUGUUGAUGUGCUCCCUGUCAAGACUUUAGAUGGAAAACUCCACUAUCGAACAGAGUCAAAGAAGUCAAAACUAGCUGAAGCCGACACAGAUGAAUUAGAGAAGGAUGUUCUUGAUGAUGAAAAUAUAUUGAACAAAUCUCAAAGGAGAGAAAAAGCUAAAAAGAGUAAAAGGGAGGCAAAGAAACAUGAGAAGGAUUUUCCUAAUGAGAUUUUACAAGAGGAAGAAACUCCCCAAGCCGCAGUUCUGGCUGAAGUGAAAGAAGAACUAUCUGCUGCAGAGACAUUUGAAAAUAAGAAAAAUAAACUCGCGGAAUUGGGAAUGCUACUACUUUCUGAUCCUGAGGCAAACAUAAAAUCUUUAAAGGAAAUGUUAGAUAUCUGCAAGGAUGAGAAUACGAAGAUUGUGAAACUUGGCUUGUUAUCUCUGUUGGCCGUAUUCAAAGAUAUUAUUCCUGGCUAUCGGAUUAGACUUCCUACAGAAAAGGAGCUUGAGAUGAAGAUCUCAAAGGAAGUGAAGAAAACUCGGUUCUAUGAGUCUACUCUAUUAAAAGCGUACAAGUCAUAUCUGCAGAAGUUGAUUAGAUUUGAAAAACUGUCAGUAUAUAACCAAAUUGCCAAUCGGUGCCUUUGUACAUUGCUGGAAGCAGUUCCUCACUUCAACUACCGUGAUAACCUGUUAAUUGCUGUUGUCAGAAAUAUCAGCUCCCCAGAUGAAGUCGUAAGGAGACUCUGUUGCUCUACUAUCAGGUCUCUUUUCUCAAAUGAAGGGAAACAUGGUGGUGAGCUGACUGUGCAAGCUGUACGCUUGAUUGCUGAUCAUGUCAAAGCUCACAACUGCCAACUUCAUCCUAAUGCUAUCGAGGUGUUCAUGUCCAUUCGCUUUGACGAGGAUAUCGGAAAGCGUGACAAAGAGGAUGAACAUAACAAGAAAUAUAAGAAAAAUAAUAAAAGAAAAGCCCAGGAGGAGCAAAAUCAAGUGCAGGAAAAUGAGAGGAAGAAAUCAAAGCAAGAAAUGAUGUCUAAGAUCAGAGACGAGGUUUCUGCUGAUUACAGAGGAGUUACCUAUGAACCGGAUGCUAAGGAGCGGCGAAAGAUGCAGACAGAGACACUUUCUGCUGUUUUUGAGACCUAUUUCCGUAUCCUGAGAAACACAAUGUAUACAAUUGGCGAAAGAACAGAAGAAAAUCCAACUUCAAAUCCGGGUGCCUUUGGAUCACACCCUUUGCUUGCUCCAUGCUUGGAUGGGUUGGCAAAAUUCACCCAACAACUGGACUUGGACUACAUCGGAGAUCUAAUGAACUAUCUAAAGAAGCUUGCUUCUAGCAGUAGCGUCUCCAACAACACAAAGCAGAAAAACUCAAAACUCUUGACAGUAUCUGAACGCCUUAGGUGUUGCCUUGUCGCCUUCAAAGUCAUGAGGAGCAACUUAAAUGCCUUGAAUGUUGACUUGCAAGACUUCUUUGUCCAACUUUACAACCUCAUUCUUGAGUACCGCCCUGGAAGAGAUUCAGGUGUAGUCUUGGCUGAGUCUCUGAAGAUAAUGUUGUGCGACGACAGACAUCAAGACAUGCAAAAAGCAGCCGCAUUUGUAAAACGUUUAGCCACAUUCGCGUUAUGCUUUGGAUGUGCCGAAUCUAUGUCUGCGCUAGUCACUUUGAAAACGCUGCUUCAGAAGAACGUGAAAUGCAGAAACCUUCUAGAGAACGAUGCUGGAGGCGGCUCUGUUUCUGGUUCAAUUGCAAAAUAUCAGCCGUAUGCAACAGAUCCUAACCUAAGCGGGGCCUUAGCAACAGUGCUUUGGGAACUCAGUCUCUUGAGCAAACAUUAUCAUCCGGCGAUCUCAACAAUGGCCACAACAGUCUCCAACAUGAACACUUCUCAAAGCCAAACAUUUCUGUCUGCAGUGACUCCACAACAGGCUUUUGCAGAUUUCUCUCUUGUAAAGGAAUCGUUUGAGCUUAAGAACGAGUCUCGGAAACUGAACAAACGGAAACGAGAGAGUUUGCCUGAAGAAGCAAAGAAUGUUCCGGAAAUCGACAUGGUUAAGCUCAGCAAGAAAUUGAAAGAGAACUUUACUAUUCUUCUAGAUAUAAAAGAGGACGAGAGAGAGAGAAUGGAGUUGCAGUCUGAGAAGAAAAAACCAUUGAAGAAACAGAAUAACGUGGUGAAGAAGAAACUUAAGAACCCUAAAUCCAAAAAGAAAAUUUGAUAGGCUUUUUGUCUUAUUCUCCCUUUAAAGGUUAUAUACAUUGCGUAACUUAAAACGCAUCAGUUAAUGUUGUUCAUUCUAAAUUUUGAAUACAUUUUUGUUAGAGUGACAUUUUUUGUCAACAAGAAAAGUAUUUUUAUUCA